UUUUGUUGUUGUUGAAAUGUUCAGAUAUGACCUACCUGCUUGUCUUGGCUUGCUCAACAACUCACUUCAAAAUUGACGUUGCCUCUUGUCGUGCGAAUCAUCUGCCAACCCCUUUUAGAAAAGUCCAAUGUGUUCAGAAGACAACUGGAAAGUCUAGAAAAGCCACAAAGACAUUUUACAGUUCAGCUUUGAAAACAGUCUCACGACGGUCCGUCCAUGGCGGAGUACAAGCUGGAAGUAACGACGGGCCAGCGGGAAUGUGCGGGAACCUUUGACCACAUUCUCGUCACCUUGAUCGGAAGCCAAGGGCAAAGCGAUAAGACCGACUUGGACAACUGGGGCGUUGACUUCAAGACUGGGAUGAAUGACACGUACACCGUCAAAACCAAAGCGUCUCUGGGGAAACUUCUGCUGGUGAAGGUGGAGAAGAACCCUCGUUUUUUUGUCGGCGACGACGAGUGGUUCUGCUCGAAAAUAACCGUGAGCACCCCUGAGGGGGAGAGUCUGCUUUUCCCGUGUUAUCAAUGGCUUUCCAACAACGAGGUGGUGGAGCUGAGAGGUGGAAAAGCUAUGAAGGCGUCCGAAGACGAGCACCCGUUGCUGAUCGAGCACCGCCGAAAGGAGCUGGCGUCAAAGAAGAGCAACUUUCAAUGGGCCUCGAGCAACGAAAAACUUCCUCAACACAGCUCGUUUAGUUUCAAAAACGUCCCCGCUGAAAUCCGCAUGUCAAAGUCGCGAAUUAAAGAAUUUGAGUCGGCCUUAUCUUCGGGGGCUUUGGAGCUCAAGUGGAAGGGGAUGCUCGGAAAUGAAAAAAGCUGGAAAACUAUUGAAGACAUAAAAACAAUCUUCAACGACAGAAAGACAGAAAUGUCAGAGUACGUCGCCGAGCACUGGAAGGAAGACGACUUUUAUGGUUCCCAGUUCCUGAACGGCAUCAACCCCUGCUUGAUAAGACGCUGCUCAGAACUUCCUCCAAACUUCAAAGUCAGAGAGGAAAUGGUGAAGCCGUACCUGGAGAUCGGAAUGCCUCUGUACAACGAGUUCAUGAGAGGGAACAUGUUCCUCUACGACCUGAAGAUUCUGAGUGGAAUACCUGGGAAACUCUAUCACGGGAAGGAACUCCAAGUGCCCGCCCCUCUCUGUCUCUUGUACCUGAACCCCGAGAAAAAACUGGUGCCCAUCGCGAUCCAGGUGCAUCAAGAACCUUCCGAGGAAAACCCAAUUUUCCUGCCAAGUGACUCGGAGACGGAUUGGCUCCUCGCCAAGAUAAUCGUGAAACAUGCCGAGAUGAUGACUCACCAGGCCAUCGCCCACCUGAAGAACACUCACUUUUUGUCCGAGGUCUGGGCCAUGAGCCUCCUCCGCAACUUCCCGCUAAUUCAUCCCAUUUACAAGUUAGUGAUCCCUCAUUUCCGCUGGAUUCUACACGUCAACACUCAGGCCCGCGAGCUUCUGUUGGGACCUUCCGGGUCGUUUGCAUUGAGUUCAGUUGGAGUCGACGGCACUCUCGAGCUAAUGGCCCGGGCGCAAGACGAGCUAACGUACACCUCGCUCUGCUUACCGGACGACAUUCGCUCUCGAGGACUCGAGUCCAUCCCCGACUUCUACUACAGAGAUGACGGCCUUAAAAUCUGGGACAUCAUCCACAAAUUCGUGCUAGGUGUAGUCGGACACUACUAUCGUUCAAACAACGAGGUGGUCCAAGACUCGGAGUUGCAAGCGUGGAUCCAGGAGAUCUUCACUCGCUGCUUUUUAGGGAAGAAGUCUUCAGGAUGUCCCGAGGCCUUCCGAAAUGUUCAGGAGGUGGUCAAGUUCAUCACCAUGGUGAUCUUCACGGUCUCAGCUCAGCAUGCUGCAGUCAAUAACGGACAGUUUGACUACCAGAUGUUCGUCCCCAACGGCUCCUUACUGUUGCGCAAGCCGUCUCCAACUGCCAAAGGACAAACCAGCACGGCGACCAUUUUGGAGACGCUCCCGAACAUCGGCGAGACGGUCAUGACGGCAACCGUUCUAUACGUGCUCACGCUCAACUACGCCGAUUCCGUUCCGCUGGGUUCCUAUCCUGACGAACGAUUCCAGGAGCCCGAAGUCAAGCAGAUAAUGAAGCAGUUCCAAGACGACUUGGCCGACCUUAGCAAUGUUAUCAAAGACAGAAACGCAAAGCUCGGAGUGCCGUACAAAUAUUUGGACCCGAGUCAAGUGGACAGCAGCAUUAUUAAGUAAAUUAGCGCUUCUUGAUGGGUGACAAGUAAACACCUGUCUUGCGUAACUUUUUUAUCUUUCAAGAUUACACUUUCUAAGUUGGUGGCGGUAAUCAUAAUCACUAAAAUAUGGGCUUGGACAAUAACCGGUGUUAUAUUAGUUGCAAAUGCUAAAAAUAAAUCUUUGUAUCUUUGUCUACGCCAGUGACGUUAGUGAUUAAAAAACAAUUAAAGGUUCUUCCACUAGGGGGCAGUAAAUUA